AUGAUAAUGAAAUUUUUUACCUGCAGGAUUGAAUUACAUUCCAUCAAACAAAAUUUAAGAACAAUGAGUCAUAAAGUUUUUGUUUAUGGCACUUUGAAACGCAAUGAACCAAACCAUCAUUGGUUAACAAACCGAGACCAUGGAUACAGUAAAUUUGUCAGCAAAGGAGUCACAAAGGCGAAGUACCCUCUUAUUAUUGCAACUAAGUACAAUAUUCCAUUCCUGCUUUAUAGCCCCGGCAAUGGAUUUAAUGUGAAAGGUGAAAUUUAUGAAGUCUGUGAUGAUAUGCUCAAGAAUUUAGAUAUUUUAGAAGACCACCCUUCGUAUUAUGUUAGAGAAUUGGAUGAUAUAAGAGUAAUAAAAGAGGGCACCGAUGAAGUUAUGGAGAUGAAGUGUUGGGUUUACUACUUGAAGAGGUUUAAGUCAGAGCUGUUGAAUCGACCAUUUUUGGAAAACUAUUCGUCUAAAGGAGGACACGGAUUGCCCUACAUGGAAAGUAAUAAUGAGUCUACGAUCGAAGACGUCAAUGAUGUGUUUCCAAAAGAUUGA